AUGGCAACCUUACAAACUCUCAACGGUGUCCUCCUCAUAACAAACACUGCUAACGCUUCAGGCACAUCGGAUCUUGCAAACAAGUUCGCUCGACUUGCCACGUACUUGCCACUCGGGUCAUACGUAAUCUACACGGCAUUGGAAACAUAUGCAUACUCACUUGGUCCAGACACAACUGGCAUGAACACUUUUUAUAACACCACCGUAAUCACGCCACAAGACAAUUACACUUGUCUAAUUAGCGCACCAAUUAGCUUGGGUUUGACAUGUAAUGACGACCAAAAAUCCGCAUUGAUUGUUGCAUUAUGUAUUGGAUUCUUUCUAUCGUUAUUUUUGUCGUUUGUUAAACGAAUUCCUGCUGGUGGCACCCCACCUCUUUCGGAACGAAAGCUUAUUGUUAAUGGUACCGAAAGGAAACGAUUACGAUCGGGUGUUUUAUAUGCCGAUGGUGCUGAUUAUUAUAUGGAUAUCGGAAAUUUCUUAGUAUGGGGUCAUGCGAUGCUUUCCGUGGUUGCAUUCGCCACAUUAACACUUUUUUCAAGUAGCGUCAGUCAAUGCCUUUUCCCCAAUGUCAAAAGUUGGAUAUUCGUGCUAACACAAAUGUUGGGUCUCAUCCUUUGCUCAUUGAUCGGGAUGUUUUGGAUACGCGAUGAAAGUCUGGGAAUUGAAUCUACAGUCUAUAAGACAAUCGUCACGCCUGCCCCAUCCACUGCACCCGCAACCCAACAAUCAUUAUCUGUUCCCAUUGCUUCGACGACCGUUGCUCAUCUAGAGAUAGUUGAAGAUUCGACAAAAUCUAACAAUACCCAAACUGACACUGAAACCAUCUAUACCAAAGUGACAUCAGGAAUACUAGCAAGAUUCGGUAAAGAAUUUGAUUGGGCGCUUAAAGCUCAGAUAAUGGGGCGUCGCGAUCGUGAUGCCGCUGAGAUAGUGGUUCGAGAAACUGGUAUCGAUCUUUCUGUAGAUGAUUAUUUAAGAGAAAGAGAUGUAGAACAAGCUAGAUUGUUCCCGCAUUGUAAAGUAUUACCUGGUGUAAUGAGACUCGUGAAACAUCUCAAAUCUCAUAACAUACCGAUAGUGGUAGCAACUAGCUCUCGCCGUGUAAACUUCAAUCAAAAAACCAUAAACCACCAAGAAUUAUUUAACUUUUUUAUAGGCGUAGUAUGUGGUAACGACCCAGGCAUUAAAAAUGGGAAACCGGCGCCUGAUCUAUUUCUUGCGGCACAUAAGCUUCUCGGAAAUCCACCAAGAGAACAGUGUCUGGUUUUUGAAGAUGCAGCCACUGGUGUCGAAGCAGCAAAGAAUGCCGGCAUGCAUGUUGUUUGGGUACCCCAUCCUCGUGUUUUGGAAGCACAUCCAGAAGAUAUUGGUGCUACUCAGAUUCUGACCUCCUUAGAGCAAUUUGACCCAAUAAAAUUUGGAUUACCACCAUUUGAUGAUGAACUGUGA